AUGGGACUUGUCCAUAUUGUGAUGAUCUCGUUCAAAGAAGAGGUGACGCCGGAACAAGUGGAAGGCGUAAACCGUCGCUUUCUCUCCCUCAAGGACCAAUGUGUACGCGCCGAGUCCGAAACACCAUAUAUCACCAACCAAAUGGCAGGCAAAGAUAUCAGUGUUGAAAACAGAGCAGGGGGAUUCACUCAUGUUUAUGUUACGCAAUUCGACAACGAGGAGGAUAGAGAUUAUUAUCUGAGAAAGGAUGCGGCACAUGCGGAGUUUGGGAAUAUUGUGGGACCUUUGUUCGAGUCGGCGCAGGUGAAUGAUUUUGUUCCGGGUGCGUUCUGA